AGUUGCAGUUGUCAAGCAAAUAAAUAUAUGCAAAGAAAACAAAACAACAAAAACUGAAGCAACAAAAGGGAAAACAGCUGACAUGCAUAUGAGCAUAAAAUAAAUAUGCUACCAACUGAUAUUAGAAUUGAAACAACUGUAGAGUACACAAGGAGCAAAUAAAAAAGUGAUGGACUGGAAGGCAGAUCCAGAUUUUGGAGAAAAGGUGGCUAAAUUGUGUGUGGAGAAAUAUGACAGAUUGGGGAAGACUGGGAAGCCACAAGUAGGAAGAGAGUGGACCCUGCUAGCUGGUGUUGUCAUGUGCAUACAGAAGGAGACUGAUUAUGUCCUAGACAUAGUUUCCUUAGCAACUGGUUCAAAAUGUGUGGGAAAGUCAAAAAUGAGUCAAACAGGUGUGAUUUUGAACGACAGUCAUGCUGAGGUCCUGGCUAGACGUGCAUUUCUAAGGUAUAUGUAUAGUGAGCUAGAGAAGUUACAUCAGUUCGGACAGAGUACAGUAUUACAGAGUACAACAGGGAACAGAUGUCACUUCAAGGAGGGAAUUACUUUCCACAUGUAUACAUCACACACCCCAUGUGGUGAUGCUUCGAUUUUUCCAAAAGAAGAUGUUGCCUCUGAUGCUGCAUCCAUUGUAGAUAACAGUGAAGAUAUUGGUAAAGUAGUCAUACAAAGUGAAAAUGUUGUUAGGACAAGUAACUCUGCUGAAGUAGUUGAUGUAAAAGAUGUGGAGGCAGACAAUGUGAAGGGAGAUGCUAAGGAUAAGAAAAGUAAACUUGAAGACAGCAUUGAUGAUUCUGAUAAGCCUAUGGAGACUGCUGUUGAAAGUUGGGAGGCUAAGUAUCAGUUUGUAGAUGAUACUGUUCUGUUCAAAGCCAAACCUGUUGAAACUUGUGUGGCUGAAUGCCAGUCCACUGAUAGUAAAGAAAACACUGAAAAGGUUCAUGUUCAGGAAAAGAAUGCUGAUAUAGAGACACAAAUUGUGGAUAAAGAUAACUUUAAAAGAAAAAGGGGAAAUGAAGAACUUGAUAGAGAAGAAAAAGUGAUCAAGCUAUGUAAAGGAGAUGGAAAUUCAGACGUGCAUUUAAUUGUAUCAUGUGAUACUUUGAUAGAUGAUACUGAAAAUAAAUCUGCUGAAAUAAAAAAUAUAGAGAAGAAAAUCAAAGGUGGAGAUAUAUACAGAACUGGGGCUAAGUGUAUCACUGGUGGGGUACAGGAUCCACUUGGAAAGGGAGAUAAUUAUCAUGUUAUUGGAGCUUUCAGGAUUAAGCCAGGGCGAGGGGAGAGAACACUAUCAAUGUCCUGUAGUGAUAAGAUGGCUCGCUGGAAUGUUGUCGGCUACCAGGGGGCGCUGUUGUCACACUUCUUGUCUGCACCCAUUUACUUUUCCUCAUUUACGUUUGGGAGAUGUCCCUAUAACAGAGAGGCCAUUCUGAGAGCUGUUGUUGACCGUAAUUUACCUGUUGUGGACAGACUGCCUGCAGGUUACAUGUUGAACAGUCCUGUAUUGUACCAAAGUCAGUCCAGAUUUUGUCAUGGAAAGCAAGAAGUCAUGGAACAGAACAGAACCACUGGAAGAGACCACAAAAUUGUUCCUUGUUCCUCUGCCAUUGCAUGGUGUAGAGCAGGACCAAAUGGUGACUUGCUAGAUGUGACAACUCAUGGUAGAAAACACGGUGUAACUGCUAAAAACCUGCACAAACCGCAAGCAAGAAGUCUGCUUUGCAGCAAGAGUCUGUUUGAAAUGUUUGUAACAGCAAAGGAUGCCAUCCGGCCAGAAAAGAGACCUGAUACAUUACAGAAUGAAGAGUUGAAAACGUACAAAGAUUUUAAAAUGGCUGCCACUUCAUAUCAGACAGCAUGGCAACAGUUGCUAGGGGUGUAUGGAACCUGGGAACACAAAGGCCCAGGAUAUCUGGAUUUCACCUGAGAAACAACUGUGGUCCACAAAAUGCUAAAGGACUAUUAAGAUUAACAGAGUAGAAUCUAUUCACAAGAAUGUACAUUGACUGUUUGGCAGAUACGUUGCAGAUCUAUAUGAAUAUCAGAAUGUAGAUUGAUUGAAUGACAGAUAGGUUGUGAACCUUUAUGAAUGUGUUAUUUGUCUAUGAUAUAGCUACUGAGUCAAUGAGCUAUUUUCUAAGGCAUGUCAGAGGACACCAAUAAUGUUGAAAUUUGAAUUAAGGACCAGCAUUCCAGUGUAAGAUUCUUGAUGUAUUGAUGAGGUCACCUUGCAUUUUUGUAAAAUUUUAAUAAAUUUGAAGACAGUC